AUGGCCGGAAGACUCUCCAUUCUCCACGACCCUCCAAAGGUCCUAGAGGGGCCGCAGCUGCUUCAUCGUCUGAUAGAUUUCGAGAAGCACAGUGAUGCGUGUGCCCUCGACUUCACCAGCUAUGGGCGACGAUCCCGCUACACGUAUCAGGAGAUCCGAUCCUGUGCUGCAUCUGUAGCAUCCACCAUUCAGGAUGCCUUGAUUACGUGCAGAGCCGGAGCAGAUCCCGCGCUCCCCCCACGCCAACACGUUGUUCCCAUCCUCCUUCCUCAGUCACCUGCACUCUACGUCUCUCAGCUGGCCAUUCUGGAGUCCGGAGGUGCAUUUUGCCCAAUCAAUCUGGAUGCCCCGAAGGAGCGGAUCAAAUUCGUGGUCAAGGAUGUUGCAGCGGAUCUUAUCAUCACUACCCCGGAGUUCAGGCAGGCGGUAUCCUGGGAAUCGGGCCCCAAGGUCAUCCUUAUCGAUGAAUUUCCAGACAUCUCAAAAGAGGACACCCCCAGAUGCAAGAUAUCACGUGAUCCACAGCCCCUGGAUCUCGCCUAUGUGAUGUACACUUCUGGCUCGAGUGGGACUCCAAAAGGGGUUGCUGUAAGCCACCUUGCUGCAUCUCAGUCGUUGCUUGCCCAUGAGAAGCAUAUUCCUCCCUUUAAGCGUUUCCUCCAGUUCGCCGCUCCUUCAUUCGAUGUCUCCGUCUUUGAAAUAUUCUUUCCUCUCAAACGUGGUUGCACCCUGGUAGGGAGCAAUCGAAGCCAGCUUCUCGAUGAUCUCCCUGGGAUGAUUACCGAGUUGGAUGUGGAUGCCGCUGAGCUUACACCCACGGUCGUUGGAUCUCUUUUGCAGAAAAGAGCGAAUGCUCCUGGGCUAAAGCUUCUAUUGACUAUUGGAGAAAUGCUUACUCGACCUAUCGUGGAAGAGUUCGGCGGCUCAGAGACGAAGGAAAGCAUGCUAUACGGCAUGUAUGGACCGACUGAAGCAGCUAUCCACUGCACAGUUUAUCCCAGCAUGAGAGCAGACACCAAACCUGGAAACAUCGGUGUACCCUUUGACACAGUCUCCACGUUUAUUGCAGCUGCCAGCUCAGCUAGUGCUGAUGCAGGAAGCAUAAAUGUUCUACCCGUUGGAGAGCUUGGAGAGCUUGUUCUCGGAGGUCCACAACUUGCACAAGGUUAUCUCAAUAGAGAGGAACAGAACAAGGCGGCUUUUAUACACAGUGGAGGCAAGUUCUAUUACAGAACUGGCGACAAAGCCCGGCAGCUUGAAGAUGGCACCAUUGAAAUUUUGGGGCGCAUGAGUGCUGGGCAAGUUAAGCUUCGGGGUCAAAGGAUUGAGCUUGGGGAAAUUGAAGAGGCCGUUUACAAGCAUCCGGGAAUCAAGACAACAUCGGCGGCUGUGAUUUCUGGUUCGCUGGUUGUUUUUGCUCUUACUAGCGAUCCGUCACUCGGGUCCGAGGCAGUUUUAAAAACCUGUUCAGAAUGGCUACCCAAAUUCAUGAUUCCGAGCGAGAUCAUCUUACUCCCAAACUUCCCCUAUCUGCCAUCUGGAAAGGUGGACAAAAGGAAGCUAGAGUCAGAUUACAAGACACAGCGAGAAGACGAGGAGGGUGACGGAGGAAUUGCGGCAACACCAACAGAGCGUAUUGUGAAAAGGACGCUCCAGGAAUUACUGGGUCCUUUCUCAUCAAAUAUGCGUCUCGCUGCAGCUGGCCUUGACUCUCUCGCGGCUAUUCGAGUCGCUUCUAAACUUCGACUGUUAGGUUUCAGUGUCACCACAGUUGCCGUCCUGCAAACCGAUACGGUAGGGGCAUUAGCGGAACUCUGUGAUAAUUCCAAAUCUGCUCCCACCGAACCGUCAAAAGAGGUAUCAAUAGCCAAGGUUGACAAGGCAUCAAUUGCUCUGAAUGGACAUGCAAAGAAUGUCGAAUACUCUAUGCCUUGCACGCCGCUACAAUCAGCCAUGUUGUCUGAGACUGCUGUUGAUAUGAAAGCCUACCGUAACUGGGUAGAAAUUGAUUUGGACGGUGUCCGUGAUAUCGAUCAAAUCCUAUCCGCCCUACAUGCUUUGGCUGAGCACAAUCCAAUCCUCCGGACAGGAUUCGCUGAGUCUCAAGAUUCACACGGGUAUGUCCAGCUGAUAUGGAGGACUAUUGAGAGUUCACAGAUAGAGAAUGUGGAGGAGUUCGUCUACGAUUUCGAUGCUUCGAAAGACACAUCUCUGCUUCAUCCCAUUCGCAUUCAAAUUCGACAGCUUGCAUCCAGUACGAAGCUCUUAAUACACAUUCACCACGCAUUAUAUGAUGCCUGGUCGCUCGAACUCCUUCUUGAUGACCUCGAUGCCCUGUUGGUAGGCUCACCACUCCCAUCGCGUCCCAGCUUUGCGAGUGUUGUAGACGGCUAUCUGGAUGGCACGCUUGCUGCUUCCCGGCCUUCAAAAGAUUAUUGGAGAGACCACCUGGCACAUUUGGACCUCCGACAGAUCCCAAAUUUCCACACUCGCAAAAGCUCUUCCGUUGGCUUAGCAGUUGCGAAGUUACAAACGUCCAUACCCACAUCGGAGAUCGAAACCGCCGCCAAACGUCUAUCUUCGAGUCCACAGUCCCUAUUUCAGGCAGCAUAUGCUCUGGUAUUAAGUUCAUAUCUUGGUUCGCAGGAUAUCUGCUUUGGCACAGUCUUUUCGGGGAGGACGCUACCUAUUGCCGGGGUUGAGGAUGUAGUUGGGCCAUGUCUUGCAACGCUACCUAUUCGAGUCGAUAUUUCCACCUCAGCCACACUCCAGGAUUUAGUGCAGGACCUCAAUUCAACGAACCGCAAACACUUGGAGCACAGUGCUGUUCCCCUCCGUGAAAUCAAGUCAGCUAGCGGCGUGCAUCCUCGCCAGCAAUUGUUCGAUACCCUAGUCAUCUGGCAACAGACUUUGCAUAGCUACGAUCAUACCCGAAGCCACGUUUCUUUGGUAGAUUCCGUUGACAAUCUCGAAUUUAACCUAACUUUGGAGAUAAUUCCCGGUGUGGGCAAUGUUGCGUUGAAAGCCAAUUAUCAGGAGUCGUUGUUGCCCAGGUCGCAGGUCGAUUUUCUGCUGAAACAAGUAGAACAACUUUGCCAGCUCAUUGUUGAGAAGGAUACGACGUCUCUACAAAAUGCAUUUGGCCAUCUUAGCAACGAUGUUCUCUCCAUUGAGAACGAAACCCCCCAGACAGCUCUCAAAGCCGAAACUUUAGCUUCUCCUGUUGAGAGGAUAGCAGUUGAAGAUCCCGGAAGACCGGCAAUCGACUUUGCGACAUCUAUCAACGGGGAAGAUAUUGAGCUCCAACGGAUCUCUUAUUUGGAGCUUAACUCUCGCUCCAAUCAGAUGGCUCAAUAUCUCUUGCAAAAGAAUGUACUUCCCGAUGAGCUUGUCUGCAUAUGUAUUGAGAAGAGCGUUGACUUAUACACCUCUAUCCUUGCAACAGCGAAGGUCGGUGCGGGCUACCUUCCAGUGACGCCGGACACACCUCCAGAGCGCCUUCAUCACAUAUUACAAGAAGCAAAGGUCAAGAUCGUUAUGGCACAAUCAGCCUCUCGACCCGUUUUCAAGACUUCUGCGGCCGUAGAAGUAGUGUAUGUGGAUGAGGUUGAUUUCACUGUGUUAUCGUCUGAAAAUAUAACUCCGAGGUCAUCUCCUGAAAACAUAUCUUACUCUGUCUUUACUUCCGGAAGUACUGGGACACCGAAAGGAGUCAUGGUCACUCAAGGAAAUCUUUUGAGCAAUUUGGAUGUCUUGGAAGAGCUCUAUCCAGCAACGAAGGAUGCGAGACUGUUACAAUCCUGUUCUCAAGCCUUUGAUGUAUCGGUCUUUGAAAUCUUUUUCACGUGGAGAAUCGGGGCUUGUCUCUGCUCUGCUGUCAAGGACGUACUAUUCCGAGACAUCGAGAAUGCCAUUCGGUUGUUCCAUGUGACGCAUCUGAGUUUGACUCCAACAGUGGCCGCGCUCAUCGACCCAGAGAAUGUUCCUGAAGUUGAAUUCUUGGUUACAGCAGGAGAAGCCGUCACCCAGAAAGUUUUCAACUCCUGGUCCGGUAAAGGCCUCUACCAAGGAUACGGCCCCAGCGAGACAACGAACAUUUGCACAGUCAAUCCACAGGUCUCUCCAGAUGACUCCAUCAACAAUAUUGGCCCCCCUUUCAAGAAUACGUCCGCCUUUGUCCUGUCACCUGGUCCCGAGUUUGCACUGGUCCCUAGAGGCGGCGAAGGGGAGUUCUGCUUUGGUGGCUCGCAAGUUUUCCGUGGCUACAUGGAUUCGAGCCAAAAUGUCGGGAAAAUUAUUCAUCAUCCGACAUUUGGACGACUGUAUCGCAGUGGGGACUUUGGUCGUUUGAUGCCCGAUGGGUCUCUAGCUUUCACUGGACGGAAAGAUGAUCAGGUAAAGAUACGUGGACAACGAGUAGAGCUCGGCGAGAUCAACGCCAUUUUGUUGCGGUCCCCGGCGGUGCGGGACUGUAUCACAAUGGUGGUAGGGGGUACCAACGACAGCUCCCAACGACUGGUCUCCUUCUGGACUUCUGGGGAGCAAAUAUCAACAUCCAGCCUAGAAUGCCUCCCACCAGAUCCAUCAACGUUGUCUAUGCUUUAUAACAAUCUAGAAUCCGCACUCCCUGGCUACAUGAUACCCUCGUCGCUCAUACCCCUUUCUUACCUUCCUUCUACCACCCAAGGGAAGAUUGACAAACGAACCUUGGUAAAGCUGUACAGAGAUCUUGAUGUGAGCUACCUCGACUCGACGACUAAGUCGUUAAGAUCGUCAUCCCAUCACAAUUGGACGGAACUUGAGCUUGCAAUCGCAAGUGCCUUAUCUGAUCUUACCGCCUUCCCUCUGAAUGAAAUCAAUCCAGACACAUCCUUUUUCAAUCUCGGCAUCGACUCUGUAUCUGCUAUUGCCUUUUCGAGGGUUUUACGCCAGACCACGAAAUAUAGAGUAGAGAUUUCCGACGUCCUGAAAUACCCAUCACCACUGAGACUGGCAGAGAGGAUCUCAUCGCAAAGUAAGGGUGAGGAGCAUUUGAAUAAAUCUCUGGAGACUUUUGACUUUGGGUUUGAGAAAGAGCUGAUAGAAUCAACGAUUGAACGCUUUCGCCAAGCUGGUAAGGAGGUGCAGAGUAUCCUGCCAUGUACGCCACUGCAAGAGGCAAUGCUCUCUGCGGGGGAGUCUUCAUCCGGAGAAAUGUAUGGCAAUCAAGUGGUGUUCAACAUUAGCUGCGACGUGGAGAGGCUAGAAGCAUGUUGGCAGGAAAUGGUGCGGAGACACGAAAUACUCCGUACAUGUUUCAUUAGCACAGACAUGCCUCAGUACGCAUAUGCCCAGGUUGUUCUGAAAGAAUUCAACCUGAGUUUCGGGUCCAUCUACGACGUCAACAACCUCUCUUCUGCAAACCGACCGGCAGCAAGCGAAUUCAAGCCACCAUAUAGCCUUGAUCUAGUGCAGUCUUCAGGAUCCACGAAGCUUUUACUCUCCAUGCAUCAUGCUCUUUAUGAUGGUGUCGCGCUCUCAGUUCUGUAUGAAGAGGUUGAGAGACUCUAUCACGGUCACUCCCUACCACUUGCACCACCAUUUGCACCCUUCCUCCGGGCCAUGGCUGCGGUCAACACAGAAGAUUCAGAUAAGUUUUGGGGCAACGUCCUGAAGAAUUGCCCACAUAGCAAGUUCCCAAGCACCAGCAAGCAACCCCCAAACUCUCAGAAUCAAACAAGAAUUCAACGCCUACAUGCAAACCCUUCUCUUAGCUGGAUUGAAGAAAGCGCUAAGAAGCACAGCACAACACUUUUAGCUGUUUGCCACGCAAUCUGGGCCAGCCUGGUAGCCGAGCGCCUUCAAGAGGCUGAUGUAUGCUUUGGGAAUGUUGUCAGCGGCCGAACUGUGCCAGUCGAGGGAAUCGAGCGCCUUGUGGCACCCUGCUUCAACACUCUUCCAUCACGACUUCGAAAUAUGCAUAAUAUUUCCUAUUUGGAAGCCUUCCGAAAACUACAGUCUCUCAAUGCCGAAUCUUUAUCCUUCCAACUAACCCCUUUACGUAGACUCCAGUCCAAAUUCAGCCCGGAUGGUUCGCGACUUUUUGAUACCCUUUUCAUUUUACAACAGCCAGCUCGAGAUCUUGAUUCUUCUAUUUGGUCAAUUUCAGAGGACAACGGCGCCAUGGAUUUUCCUCUUGUUUGCGAGGUUACACCUAUGCAUAGCGAAGAUACCCUUGAAAUUACUCUACAUUCACACUCCUCCAUCAUUGAUGAAGAUGAUGCUCACGCUCUCCUUCAAUCUUUCAGCGCCAAGCUCCAAACCGCCUUAGAGAAUCCCCGGCGCCAACUUCUUUCAUCAACCGUUAAGGAUCAAAUUGUCGCCAAAACUUUGAAUCAAAUGGCGCGGAAAGAGAUCAAGACAUUUAAUCAGUCUUCGAGAGAGAUGACCCCUGACGAGCUUAAGUUACGGGACGUACUUACCAGCUUCACAAAUGUCCAUGUAGACAAGAUUGGCCGAGAUGUCAGUAUCUUCCGACUUGGACUCGACAGUAUCAGUGCAGUUCAAGUUGCUGCUCGUCUCAGGAAACAGGGCUACAAUGUACGGGCUAGCGAUAUCCUUGAGCACCCGACCCUUGCACAGUUAAGUGCCCACCUUGCAUCGAGUCAGAACCAUCCUGCCGAAAAGAUUCCAGAAUACGAUUUCGCGGCCUUCAAUAAAGAACAUCGGGAAGCGAUCUGUUCAGAGAAUGGAAUUACCUUGAGCGAAGUUGAUGCUGUCAGGCCUUGCACUGCCGUUCAACAAGGUAUGAUUGCACAAAGUUUGCACUCACAAGGGCAGGAGUAUGUAAACAGCAUGUGGCUCGAAUUGCCGCCGAAUGCAUCAUUAUCAGCGUUCAAAGCCGCCUGGGAAAUCGUCUGCGACGAACAUGAGAUGUUAAGGACAGGAUUCGCUUCAACCGAGGAUUCAAAGCAUCCCUUCGCAAUGAUCACAUAUGCCAAGGACAAAUUCGUAUUGCCAUGGUCUGAGGCUGCGGAUCCAACUGAUUCAAAAGCUUCAAUUAUUCGCCAGUUAGCCCGUCAUCCAUGGAGUCUGAGUGUUGAGGGGGAGAGAAACCAGACCCUCGUCAAGUUCACAGCUCAUCAUGCGCUCUACGAUGCACAAUCUAUACAAAUGAUUUUGUCGGAUGUUGCUAAAGCGUAUGCUUCUCAGUCAAUCUCUAGUCGACCAUCUAUAACUCAUUUGCUUGGGUCAAUAUUACAAGAUGGAGAGGGGAGCCUCUCAACGAGAAAACAAUUCUGGGAAAGAGAAGAGAACAAGAUCGUUGUCAACAAAUUCCCUGACCUCGCUCCGCUCCGUGUAUUGGAUACUACAAUUGUCGUCCAAGAAGUAUUUUCCCAAGCGUCCAUGUCGGAAUUAGAAGAGAGCUGCAGGCAGAACGGGGCCACAAUGCAAGCAGCUGGACAGGCAGCUUGGGCGAGGUUGCUUAGUGCCUACAUUGGUGAAGUCUCAACCACAUUCGGCAUGACUCUCUCUGGUCGCUCUGUACAUGAGGCUGCGGAUGCGAUUUCCUUCCCAAGCAUUGUAACUCUCCCGGUUCGCUGCGACGUGACUGGAACAAACGCAGAGCUCUUAUCAAGGACUGUGAAUUCAAACGCAUUACUCCACAAGCAUCAAUUCACACCUCUCACCGCUAUCCAAAAAUGGGCCGGGUAUCCCGAAGGCAGAAUUUUCGAUACUCUCUUCGCAUUUCAGAAACUCCCAGACAGCCAAUCAGAAGUCGAACAUCCAUGGAAAAUCGUCCGCGAAGAAGCCAGCGUGGAUUAUGCUGUCUCGCUGGAGGUGCAACCCACAACAUCCGGUAAGGUUGCCCUGAGACUAACUUUUAGGAAUGACUUGAUCCCCGUGGAGCAUGCGGGCGUGCUCCUGAGACAAUACGACGCGCUCCUCUUAGAUACCCUUCGCAAUCCUUCUCAUCCAUGUGAUGUCGCACCUGCAGCAGGAACUGCCCUAUUGUCGAUCACGCCUGCCAAGGAAAACGAAUUACCAGGCCCGGUCACUCUCCUACAUGAAUUUGUGGAGAGGGGAGCACGGGAAUGGCCAGCUAAAAAGGCACUGGAAUUUGCAUCUCGACUCGAACCUGGGCAUCUUGAGAGUCGAUCAUGGACGUACGACGAGCUCAACAAGGAAGCGAACAGGGUUGCCCAGCUACUUCUGCAACGCCAAGUUGCCCAGGGCCAGAUCAUUGCGAUAUGUUUCGACAAAUGUGCCGAAGCUUCUUUUGCCAUCAUUGGUAUCCUCAAGGCUGGAUGCGCCUAUGUCGCUCUUGAUCCAAAUGCACCAGUUGAUCGGUUAAAGUUCAUCGUAGCAGACUCAGGUGCGAAAUUGGUCCUUAGUGCUGGUAAGCCUGCCCAAAACAUAAAGGAGUCAAUGGGCGAUGCUGUCCUAGUUUUGGAUUCGGAGGACACCUUCCAAGGCUGUUCGUCUGAGCAGCCCAAAUUGCCUCAGGCUAUUCGACCCCAAGAUACCUCUUACUGCCUCUACACUUCGGGGACAACUGGUACUCCGAAGGGUUGUUUGAUCAGCCAUGAAAAUGCAGUUCAAGCAAUGUUCGCAUUCCAAAGAUUGUUUGCGGGCCAUUGGGAGGACAGUUCGAAAUGGCUACAGUUUGCGUCUUUCCAUUUCGACGUCAGUGUUCUCGAACAAUUUUGGAGUUGGAGUGUAGGCAUUUGUGUGGCUACCGCACCUCGGGAUCUCAUAUUCGAAGACAUCCCCAACGCAAUCCAGCAGCUAGGUAUCACCCACAUCGAUCUCACACCCAGUCUUGCUCGACUUCUACACCCUGAUGAUGUCCCAUCACUGUGCAAAGGUGUUUUCAUUACCGGUGGCGAGCAGCUCAAGCAAGAAAUUCUUGACGUCUGGGGUGAGCAAGCUUGUAUCUAUAAUGGGUAUGGGCCGACCGAAGCAACAAUCGGAGUGACAAUGUAUCCUCGAGUUCCCAAGAAUGGUAAACCAUCAAAUAUUGGGCCGCAGUUUGACAACGUCGGCUCCUUUGUCUUGAAGCCAGGUACAGAGCUGCCAGUCCUGCGCGGCGGGAUUGGCGAACUGUGCGUCUCUGGAAAGUUAGUCGGAACAGGGUACCUCAACCGUGCUGAUCUGACAAACGAGAGGUUCCCUACUCUGGAAUCUUUCAACGAGAGAGUCUACCGAACGGGUGAUCUCGUGCGCAUUUUGCAUGAUGGAAGCUUCCUCUUCCUUGGGCGUGCUGACGAUCAAGUUAAGCUACGCGGUCAACGUCUAGAACUGAGCGAGAUCAACGAAGUCAUCAAGAAAAGUAUGAGCGAUCUACAAGAAGUAGUGACUCUUGUCCUCAAGCACAGUGCGCAGCAAAAGGAACAGCUGGUCACAUUCUUUGUCUCCUCGUCAAUAGGAGAUUCAUCAGAUAUUGGUGAUGUGAUUUCGACAAUGAGAGAUGCUUGCAAAGCUCGACUUCCGGGGUACAUGGUACCAACACAUUUUGUUCCGAUCAAGGCCCUUCCACUCAACCCAAAUAAUAAAGCAGAUGCUAAACAGCUCGCCGCGAUGUACAACAAUCUCGGUAUUGAGGACCUGCAAAAACUCAGCCAUUCAAGUCAUCAAGGUAAAGAGUGGACAAGUAGCGAGAAGAGGAUCCUAGACAUCCUAGCACCAGCACUGCAUGUCGAAGUCUCUGAUUUGACUCGAGGCUCAACCAUAUUUGAACUGGGCUUAGAUUCCAUCUCAAUCAUUGGAUUCUCCCGCACCCUUCGCGAUUCCGGUCUUAGCAAUGCGAAGCUGUCCGUUGUGAAAAAUAAUCCUACGGUGGAAGCCUUGGUCAGAGCCCUUCUCAACGACGAGAUUCCCGAUCAGGAGAAAGAAAAUGAAUACGUCGCUUCGAUUCAAAAUAUCUCAGCCUUCUCUCAGAAGCACAUUAUCAGCAUUCUGAGAGAAUUGGGGAUCCAGAGCACGGAGAUCGAGAGCAUUGCACCCUGUACACCGGUCCAAGAGGGGAUGAUUUAUCGAUUCCUGGAAAGUGAACGUCCUCUGUACUUUAAUAGUUUUGAAUUCCGCCUUGGUCAUCAUGUGGAUACUGAGAAGCUCCUGGCGGCAUGGAAGAGUCUUGUUUCUCAUCUCCAAAUCCUUCGCACCAAGUUUGUGGCGACUGAUGAUGGGUACGCUCAAGUAGUCCUGAAGAGUGUGGACGUUGACUGGGGAAGUCCAUCGAUCGAUUACGACACUGCGGAGAAGACUUCGGCCCUGAAAACACCAUUUGCUCUUGACCUCGUAUCCUCUUCUAGCAAGAGCAUGCUCAUCCGGAUAUUCCAUGGACUUUAUGAUGGCAACAGUCUCGCCAUGCUGCUCCGAUGCCUCGUCGAUGAGUAUCGUGGCACAGAUAUAGUUGAUUACGGACCGACGUUCCAUUCUUCAUUGGCAUAUGGACCAUUGGCAAGAGUUCCUGGAGCGGAAAAUUUCUGGAGAAGCCACCUCCAAAACUGGAGCCAUACGGUACUGCCCGUCAAAUCACUGGAUACAAUCAAGGAUGUCGUAGCGACCAGAGUGCUCCGAAAUCUCGACGGCCUUGAAGAAUUUCGUAAGCAGCUUGGAGUCACCCAGCAAGCGGUUAUACAGGCUGCCUGGAUAGCUGUACUUCAGACCAUCGCAUCCCCAGAUCUUACUAUAGGAAUGGUUAUCUCUGGUCGAGCGAUUGAUUUCGACGGAGCUGACAAGGUCAUUGGUCCUCUCUUCAACACAGUUCCAUUCCACGCUAGGAUCGAUCCCGGCAUGUCUGCAGCGUCUUUGAUCUCCACCUGUCAUGAAUUCAAUAUGCAAAUGCAAGAUUUCCAGCAUACGCCACUGAAGGAUAUCCAGAAGUGGAGUCCCGCCUCGCCUGGACAAUCUCUUUUCGACACCUUGUUCGUUUUCCAACGCCCAGAAGCUGAUGACGAGGAAAUUGGCAAUGAUCUAUGGACCCAACUUGACGAUGAACAGACCGCUGAUUACCCCUUGGCGUUUGAGGCGACACUAGGCGCCGACGGCAAACUCGCCAUGACGAUCGUGGCGCAAGGCUCAGUCAUUGACCAGUCCGAGACUGGAGCUCUUCUUGAUGAGAUGGAGAAAUUGUUGCUCAUGAUAUUGAAGGAAGAUGGUAAAAACAUUUUACUUGAUCAGGAGAAGGGGGUGAACGGACAGACUCUCGGUCAAGAGUCCAGGGGAACGAUUAGCCGAGCAUCUCCUAGAUUUUCCAACGAACCGAAGGACUCCCCUUUUCUAUGGACCAAAGAAGCCGAGCAGAUUCGAGCUGAGAUUGCUUCUCUGGCGAAGGUGCCGGAAGACAGCAUUCAGGCUUCUUCCUCAAUCUUCGAACUUGGAUUGGAUAGCAUUGAUGUUAUCAAGUUAUCAUCCCGAUUGAAGAAGCAAGGGAUUGAGAUCCCCGUCAGCGUCAUCAUCAAAUGCCAAACCAUAGAUAAGAUGGCGCCCAAGAUACGGAUAAACCGGAGCGGAAACGCUGAAGCAGAUACAACAUCCGCUACACACGUGCAAGAGUUGAGCCGGGAUCUAUCCAAGUAUCUCAGAGACAAUGGGAAGAUACAUAGUGACACCGAGACUGUCCUACCUGCGACACCACUUCAGCAGACCAUGGUUAACGAAAUGUUGAAGUCCAACUUCAGCAGGUACUUCAAUCUAGAAGCUUUUAUUAUAGACGGAACAACCGACCGAUCGAGACUGGUAGCAGCAGUGGAAAGCGUGGUUUCCAAGUCACCAAUUCUUCGAACUCGUUUUGUUGAGGUAGAUGAUCCUCUGUCGCCGGUGAGCUACGCUCAAGUCGUCCUCCAAAAUCAUGCUCGGGUAGAGUCAUCAGAAGAGUCCAGCUUCGAAAACUUUUUGGAGCAUUUCAAGUCUGAGUCGGCUAGCUUGGCGGCUACCACUGGAAGAUUAUUCCAUGUUCAGUUUAUAUCGGUUGGAGAAACGCACUACAUGAUCUUGGCAAUCUCUCACGCUUUGUACGAUGGAGCUUCUCUACGACUUCUCCACCAAGACAUCGACAAAGCAUACCAUAAUCAAUUGUCAACCAGGCCCGAUUUUAUGCCUUUCCUAGAAGAAGUCUUCAAGUCCACCACAGAGGAUGCGAAGAGUUUCUGGAGAAGCGCCUUGUCGAAUUUGCCACGGGCAGUCUUUCCUAGAAAGGAGGCUUCACAAGUACCAGACACAACCGUAGUUCAUCGGAUGGAAAUACGUUCUCGUAUCCCUCUGGAGGACAUCGAGAAUCUAUGCAGAACGUCGAGAAUCACCCUUCAAACCCUCGGACAGACGUGUUGGGCAAUCUUGCUCGCUCAUCUAAUGGGCCAGCUUGAUGUUGUUUUCGGUUCGGUUCUCUCUUGUCGCGAUUCGGAAGAAGCAAACGAGGUCAUGUUCCCUCUCAUGAACACCGUGGCGGUCAGAUCUAUCCUCCAUGGAAGCUUGAUUGAGAUGCUCAAAUACAUGCAAGACAUGAGCGAUACGACUCGACAAUAUCAGCACUUCCCUCUAGGAACUGCUCAAGCAUUGGCACUUGCCUCACGCGACAACGAGCUUUCAACGAAAGAGACCGCAUUAUUCGAUACUUUGUUCAUCUACCAAGGUCGCCGCUCCCCGGCUCAAAGCAAACCUCUAUAUGAGUCUGUGCAUGGUGCUUCGGACGUUGAGAUUCCAGUGUGCGUUGAGAUGGAAAUCGUCGAUGACCAUCUCUUGUGGACUACGGCUUGCAAGUCUAUUGUGCGAGAUGCUGCAGAGACCGAGAAUAUUCUCAUUAUGCUGGACACUAUCCUCGAGCGCAUCAUGGCAACUCCACAAGCCCCGGCCGUUGUGUCCGACGCUGACGGCAUUUCCAUUUGCGGCUUACCAAAAUUCCAAAUACUGGAAUCGUCACCAAAGAAGCUCCCUAAAUCUGCCUUGAAGCAAGAUGAUGGAGAAUGGUCAGAUACGGAACUUAUCAUCAGGAAAGCACUACAUGAAGUCUCCGGCAUUUCAGAGGAUCAGAUUCAUAAGGACUCGACUAUCUUCCAUCUUGGUUUAGAUUCAAUCGUCAUUAUCAAACUUCCAGCAUUGUUAAAGAAGCACGGAAUCAAACUCUCUGUGUCUGACAUUCUUAGAGAUCAGACUAUCUCCUCCAUGAGCCGAUCUGCCCUUCUGAAAAACCCCGAGCAGAAGAAGACCUUGGAUAUCGACGCAACCUUGGCUGAGUCCAUAUCAUCACUUGAUCCAUCGGAAGCCCAGAGUCUUGAAAAGGAUAUAGGAGAGAUACAAUCAGUCAUGCCGGUCACAGCAGGACAACUUUACAUGAUUAGGAUGUGGCAAGCUACCCAAGGGGUUCUGUUUUACCCGACCUUCAUUUACUCCAUGGACGGUUCCGUCGAUAAAACGAAACUGGAAAAUGCCUGGCUCGAUCUUCUGCUGCACCAUGAUAUCCUUCGCACAGGAUUCAUCGAGACCAACUCGGGGGUUUUACAAGUCGUCUUUAGAAACCCCGUGAACCCAGUUAUCUACACAACCGCUUCAUCUCACAGUAAAUCCAUGGAUGAUUUGAGGCGUCCACCUGUUGCAUUGGUGGUGGAAGAAGCUGGCGGUUCGGUUGUCACAUUGAAGCUGAUAAUCCACCACGCGUUGUACGACGCUAUUAGUCUUCCAAUUUUGAUCGAGCAGCUCCAGUCUCUGUACCAUGGUCAGAGCUUACCAUCACCUGCUUUAAGCUUCAAACCCUUCGUCGCUCAAUCAAUAGCUACAUCAACGAGAUCUCAAUCCCCGGGGUCGUCAGAUUGGAAAUCGACACAAGACCACUGGGUCUCUUAUCUUAACCAAGGUUCCCACCAGACGCCUCAAUGUUUCAACGACAUCUCGAACGACAGUGGGAAUGAGAGAACCGAGGUAUUCCAUCCAUCUUUACACAUCUCGAAUUUGAAACAACUAGCCAUAGAUGUCGGUGUAAGCGUCGACGCUCUCCUCCUUGCCUCCAUCUCCAAGAUCUACGCACAACUUCUCAACAAGGAUAGUCCAACUAGCCCGGUUACCCAGGUCGUGUUCGGCAUCUAUCUCGCCAACCGCGCGCCGUUCGGCGAAGACUUCUCUGCACUGGCAGCACCAACCCUAAAUAUCCUUCCCCUCUGCGUGCGCAAUCCCUUAGGUCGAAAAAUCCCAGAAGUUGCUAUAGAGAUACAGCAAGACCUUCGCCAGAUCAGCAGCGAUGAGAUGUCAUGCGCUUCUCUGGAAGCAAUCUAUGAGUGGACUGGCGUGCGCGUCAACUUCAUCGUCAACAUCCUUAAAGAUGCUGCUCCCGCUCCCGCGGUCGUUGAAAGUCUCAAUGAACCCAUCUUCAAACCUGCACAAGAUAAUAUGACUACCAAGGCCGAGGUGGUGCAGUACUCUCCGAAUGAAAAAGUUUCCCCAGCUGAGAGAGGUAGAAAAUGUGAUGCAUAUCUGCCUUCAAUUGAUGUAGAGAUCAGGUGCGACGGGGAUAAGGUAGAUAUGGGAGUUUUUGCACCGCUGAGCAUGCUCUCGGUUGACGGGGCGGAGUCGAUUAUUGAGCGUUUCGUGGAAUUGUUGGUGUAA